CAGACGCAGAGUGUGAGAAGGAGGCAGGACUAGCUGGAGGCCGCGACCUAUGCCGAGCAGGGUUCCAGAUCUGAGAUUACGAAAAGAAGCUAUUUGACAGCUGUCUCCCACCUGGGUGAAGAGAAUAUCUAGGCAAUAGGAUAACCUCUUCCCAAAAAGAAGCUGGACUGUACUCCUAUGCUUUGUCUCUGGUGCUAGGAAGGUAGCACAGCAUCCUGGAAGAGACUGAAACUUCCAUUCUAGCCCUGUGUUCCCACCACCCUCAAGUCAGUCCCAAGUCUGAGGACCUGGACCCUUGUGCCAGAUUUACAGCCUGUAUCAUGUCUGGAGCCAGCAGGAAGCCUGCUCUUUUCCUCUUCAUCUGUUAUGUCGCUGCCCUGGGAGUCCAGGCCGGGGAGUACUGUGUGGCUGACCAUCAGGGAUCUCAGUAUUACAUGGCGGCCGUGUAUGAGCACCACUCGAUCCUGAGUCCCGACCCUCUAGCUCUCACCACCCGCCAGCAGGCCUUGGAGCUCAUGAACCAGAACCUCGACAUCUAUGAACGGCAAGUGAUGACUGCAGCCCAGAAGGGCGUGCAGAUCAUAGUGUUUCCAGAAGAUGGCAUCCACGGCUUCAACUUCACAAGAACGUCCAUUUACCCAUUUUUGGACUUCAUGCCAUCUCCCCAGCUGGUCAAAUGGAACCCGUGCCUGGAGCCCCACCGUUUCAAUGACACAGAGGUCCUCCAGCGCUUGAGUUGCAUGGCCACCAAGGGAGAUAUGUUCUUAGUGGCCAACCUUGGGACAAAACAGCCAUGUCAUAGCAAUGACCCAGGGUGCCCAAAUGAUGGAAGAUACCAGUUUAACACAAAUGUCAUUUUCAGCAAUAAUGGAACCCUUGUUGACCGCUACCGAAAACACAACCUCUACUUCGAGGCAGCUUUUGAUACCCCUCUUGAAGUGGAUCGCGUCACUUUCGAUACCCCCUUUGCUGGCAGGUUUGGCAUCUUCACCUGCUUUGACAUAUUGUUCUUCGACCCUGCCGUCAGACUGCUGAGAGACCCCGAGGUGAAGCACGUGGUGUACCCGAGCGCCUGGAUGAACCAGCUCCCGCUCCUGGCGGCCAUCGAGAUUCAGAAAGCCUUUGCCAUUGCCUUUGGUGUCAACGUCCUGGCAGCCAACAUCCACCACCCAUCUCUGGGGAUGACAGGGAGUGGCAUACACACCCCUCUGAAGUCCUUCUGGUACCAUGACAUGGAAAGCCCCAAAGGUCACCUUAUCAUUGCCCAGGUAGCCAAAAAUCCACUGGGUCUUGCUGGAACAGAGAAUGCAACAGGUAAAACAGACCCUUCCCACAGUAGGUUUUUAAAAAUCGUGUCAGGUGAGCCAUACUGUGAGAAGGACGCUCAGGAAGUCCACUGCGAAGCCGCCAAGUGGAACGUGGAUGCUCCUCCCACCUUUCACUCUGAGAUGAUGUAUGACAACUUCACCCUGGUCCCCGUCUGGGGAAAGGAAGGCUAUCUCCAAGUCUGCUCCAACAGCCUCUGCUGCCAUUUGCUGUAUGACAGGCCCACCCUGUCCCAAGAGCUCUAUGCCCUGGGGGUCUUUGAUGGCUUCCACACUGUGCACGGCACUUACUACAUCCAAGUGUGCGCCCUGGUCAAGUGUGGGGGUCUUGACAUCCAUACCUGUGGGCAGGAGAUCACAGAGGCCACRGGGAUGUUCGAGUUUCACCUGUGGGGCAACUUCAGCACUUCCUAUAUCUUUCCUCUGUUUCUGACCUCAGGGAUGACCCCAGAAUCCCCUGACCAGCUUGGCUGGGAGAAUGACCACUAUUUCCUGAGGAAGCGUGGACUGUCCUCUGGUCUGGUGACAGCAGCUCUUUAUGGGCGRUUGUAUGAGAAGAACUAGGACAAGUGUGUGAUUUGUGAGUGGGCCCUGGCUGUCACAUGGCAGCCCCACCCCUCCACAGGCCACAGAGCAUGUACACAGGAACACCUCCCCCUGGGGGUGGCCGCCCACUUCUAGAGCACCAGAUCCCACCUGGGAACUGUGGGAAGRGGUAGGAGAGGCAGGUUCCCUCUUCCUCCUACAUGUCAGUGCUUGAGAUGUUUUCUGGUAUUUUCUAUUAAUAUUUGUCUUUUCAAGCCACAUCUUCCUCUAGCACAUCUCUCAGUACACAAUCGGUUUUAAGAUCUGAAACAAAAAUAAAUGUCAGUUGAUAUUUUACACACCCACAAAGCAGUGGUUCAUUUUUUUCCUUGUUAAUCAGGUGACACCCRGAUGUGUAAAUAUUUUACAAGCCUUGCCUGUUCUCUAAAGUAAGAAACAAACUCUCAAGAGCAAAAGAGAACUGCUGUGAGGACCUUUCCUGUUCUGGUCAGCUGAACUCCAUCCRGAUGAAGUGGAUUAAUCCUGUAAUCCUGAAUUAAUUCUUAAUCCAAGUAUUUGGCUUAUGUCUGUACUCUUCAUGACCAUAGGUAGAUUUUUUUAAAUGAACUUACCCUCGUUAAUCAUCAACAGGUAGAAAACAAUAACGAGAGUAAGGAAAUCUAGAUGGCGUUCCUCUAUGUCUUGCUUUGUGCAUAAGCUCUGACAGGUUCAUCUUACUGUGGGCACUUUUGUAUAUACAUGGUGUUAUAAGUACUUGGGAGACCUGUCUCUCACCUACCUUCCUUUCACCUAAUUUAUAGAGAAAGGCUGAAGCUCAAGGGAUCUAGGUUUCUUAGAAAUGAAAAAGUAUGCACAGUGAUUAAUACUUGAAUUUUAAAAUGAUUAAAAUUGAUGCCUUGCAAUGCUCUUUUUAAAACUUUUUAUUUAGUUUGAUUCUUUAGACUACUAACAGUAAACUAGARCUAUAGGCAGCCUUAAAACUUGGUUGGAAGUUUUGUUGGGAAAUCAUUUUACAGAUGGAAAGGGAUCUUAGCAGCAACCCAUGCCAUCAUCUGUUAAUUCCACCACUUUCCUUUUCUUGAGUUUUUUUUCCACUGACUCUCCACAGGCUCUCUCAAAUAAAAAGUCAAUCAUAUCCCAGUGCUCAGGAAGUUGAGGCAGGAGGAUCAGAGUUCAAAGCYAGCCUCAGAAAA